UCAUAUCCGUAUCUUUGCACCAUCAGACAAACAUUUACUUUCGGUUUAACUUUCAAGGCACUGCUGAUGAAAUGGCGGACAAUUCGGUUUCAGAGUGUGUGAAGCUGAAUCUGGUUGUGUGUGGGAGUGACGGCUCAUUAAAAUCCUCCGUAUCAGAGCAGAUCCUGCAGCAGACAGACAGAAGAUCAGACGUGGAGCUUCACGAUCGUCUGAUUAAUCUGCUGGAGCUUCCAGUUCUGACUGGUCUCUCGGAGGAGGAAGUGAUGCGUCAGACUCUCCGCUGUAUGUCUCUCUGUUAUCCUGGAGUUCAUGUUUUCCUCCUCAUUAUUCCUGACGCUCCUCUCAAUAAUGAAGACAAAGCAGAAAUGGAGGAGAUCCACAGGAUCUUCAGCUUAAGAAUCAACAAACACAUCAUGAUCCUCAUAAAGCAGAAUUCAGAGCAUCAGACAGAAGAACUCAAUGAAGAAACACGGUCUGUCGUUCAGAGGUUUGGAGGACGACAUCAGUUCUUUGGACCCAAAACACAAGUGUCCUCACUGAUGGAGAACAUCGAGCAGAUGCUGCAAGAAAACAGAGGAGAGUGUUUCUCCACAGAGACAUUUCUCGAGGCGCAGAUGAAAAAAAUCCUGAAAUACGAAGAGACGAAGAAGAAAAUUCAUUCACUAGAGACACAUUUACUGUCACAAGGAGGAAGUGGAUAUUUGACUCAUGUGUGUUUCGGGCUCAUUUGUGUUCUUCUGCUGGUCUUCAUCGUACUGCAGUACAUCUCCAUCACAGCAGAGAGAGACCAAGACAUCAAUCCGACGAUCACCUUAAAGGACUGUUACACUGAUUUAAUGACUGAAAAAGACAAGUGCUAUCCAUUCACCAAAAGCCAAGGUGUUACACACAGUGAUGAUAGUGAUGGUGUGAGGAUUAUGCUGUUGGGAAAGACGGGUGUUGGGAAAAGUGCAUCAGGAAACACCAUACUGAGAAGAGAAGCAUUUAAAUCAUUGAUGACUUCAUCCUCAGUGACCAGAGAGUGUCAAAAAUACAUAACUGAGUUCAACAGAAGAUGGAUAUCUGUCAUUGACACUCCAGGCCUGUUUGAUACUGGAAUUGAUAAUGUUGAGUCCAGAAAAGAGACUGUGAGGUGCAUUUCAAUGGUGGCUCCUGGUCCACAUGUGUUUCUGCUGGUGAUUCAACUUGGACGAUUCACUCAAGAGGAGAAAGAUGCAGUGAAGAUGAUCCAGGAGAUGUUUGGUGAUCAAUCCAGAAUGUACACCAUGGUUCUGUUCACCAGAGGAGAUGAUCUGAGAGGAACAACAAUUGAACAAUUUAUUGAAGAAAAUGAUAGUUUAAAGUACCUCAUCCAGCAGUGUGGAAAGAGAUACCAUGUGUUCAAUAACAAAGAGACUGAAGAUCAGACGCAGGUUUCUGAGCUGCUGGAGAAGAUUGACCGUAUGGUGGCAGUAAAUGGAGGACACUUCUACACCAAUGAGAUGUUCCAGCAGGUGGAGAAGAACAUCAAAGAGGAAAACGAGAGAAUACUGAAAGAGAAAGAAGAAGAGAUCAAGAGAAGAGAAGAAGAGCUGAGAACCAAAUAUGAAGCGGAAAAAGAGCAAAUGAAUAAAGAAAAUGAGAGAGAAAGACAAGAGAGGCAGAAUGAACAGAAAAAAAUGGAGAAAGAAUUCAGAAAGAGAGAAGAGGAGAUCAAGAAAGAAACAGACGAGAAUGUACGAAAAGAGAUGAAGAGAAAACUGGAGGAGAAGCAGAAAGAAUUUGAGGAGGAGAUGAAACAAAAAGAAAAAGCUUCAGUAGAACAACAACAGAAAUUAAUAGAAAGCCUGGAAGAAAAACAUGAGAAAGAAAAGCAAGAAUUUGAAGAGAAAAUUAAACGUGAAACCAGAGAACAAGCAGAGAGUGAAUAUCAUGAAAAACUUGAUAAAGCUUUAAAAGAAGCUGAAGCAAAAGUACCAUACAGAUCAAAGCGAGCUCGUGACUGGGGUUACUAUAUUCCUGUGUUUGGAGCAGCUGCUGGAGCAGUUUUUGGUUUAGCUGAAGACAUCGUGUAUUUGAUUUUCUGAUAAUAUGAAGCUGAAGGAUGAGUUCAGGAUGAACUUGAUUAGUUUGUAAAUACAUGGAAUUCCCACAGAAUGCGAGCAUGCUCAGGAAAUUAUGGAGCAUCAGGACGUCCACUAGUAAUGCACUCUCUUUCAGGAAUGCACAAUGCCGAAGACAAACUAAAACCAGUUGACAUGGAUGCAGCAGCCUUGUGUCAGGAAGACCAAGGGUCAGUUCCCUUGUGAUGAGACAGUGUUUGAACUCUGCUGUCUGUUAAUGGAGGAAAAUGGAUGGGACGCUCCUACAGAACCAUUCAGUGCAGUUAAUCUUGACAUAUUAUUAAGAGCAGAAAUACAACAAAAUAUUUGAUGGUCCUAGUAAUCCAUGAUGAGACCUGACAAGUACACACCCAUAUACUCUAAUUUGUAUUAUGUAUAUUUCAUGCUGCAUAUCAAUGGGGGAAAAAAUAGAGCCAGUGUGUUACAAUGAGUGUGACUUUACAAUAUCAACAGCAACUCAAUAAUACAAUAUGCUUACUAAACCCUUAGUAGUUAAAAUGUAUACAAAGUGUCUAUAUACAUUAUAUGGUUUGUACAGCCUAUAUAUUGCUAAACUGUAUGUUGCUGUGUGCUAUGUUAAAAGAUGUUUUUUCCCCCCCCCCUUUCAUUUGAUACAGAAUUACCAUCAUCUUUUUGAAAUAUUUAUUUAGUAAAAUGUUUAACAAAAUGACCAAUAAACAGCACUGGGCAAC